UAGUUCUUGCAGCAGCAGGAUAAGGUUAUUACAACUUCUGCAUAUUCAAACUCUCCUUCUUCCUUCUUCUUCCUCUGAGAGAGAUAGAGAGAGAGAGAGAGAGAUGGGCGAAUUUGGAAACAUGAUCAACAGAUUCACAUCAGUACAACACAAACUCGUGUACUUGCCAAUUUCCCUACCUAGAGCUUCUGCUGCUGCCAAGAGAAAUCAACUUCCUCCUAUGGCAGGAAAGAAGAAGAGCAAAGCGCGGUUGAUCACGAUAUCCCCAUCGGACGGGAGAUGGCAUGGAAAAUGGAACUCCGACUAUACAUUCUCCAUACAUGAGCUACAGCUUCAUGAUCUGCCCGACGAUGUUCAAAAGGACACGGAUGUUUCCGUUGCCCUUUCUAUUCAGAAGCAUGCUGGACUUGGGCUGUCAGUGGAAGGAAAAAUCACAACAUGCUUCACCAGAAAGUGCUGCAAUUGCUGCACCCCAUACUUAAGAGAGAUCAAUACAACAUUUAAGGUUUGGAUUCUACCAUCGACCAGGCAAAUCAGAGAGUACCCGACUCAUCAUCAUCAUCAUCAACAAGAACUUCCCGACAUUGGUGCCGAUGAUCCUUCCGUAAUAUAUGUGAAGCCUGGAUAUGAAGCUAAUCUUGAUCCCCUAAUACAGGACAACAUUCGGCUGGCCACUUCAGUUGAAGAGACAUGCUCAGAAUCUUGCAACAACUCUCAACCUAAAUUGCAUCAUUUGGGUGCAAGGAAUAGAGCAUCCAUAGAGAGAAGGUGGCAUAAACUCUUGGAGCUAAAGAAAACCAGCAUUUGAUCCCUACCCCUACCCUCUUUGUAUAUUACAUAUAAUAAUAAAUGUACAUAUAUGUACACAUUUG